CAUCAUGCUUAUAUUCUAUAUAUAUGCCGAUAUAUAAACAUAUUUGGCAGAUAUUGGCCUCUGAAACGUAAAUGAGAUUGAGUGAAGCAUCCUUACCUGCUUAGCCCCGGAAGGUGACUGGCAGGGGGGCUCCAGAGCCGUCCCAAAAGCUGCUGUGGGCAUAUUUUGGUGUCUUUUAGUGCAAGUGGCUGGUACCUGGCACCAACAUUGUCCACCUGGCUCUGUCACUGUGAGCAGUGGCCAUGGAAGAUCCUGACAGGAAGACUGAAGUGGUGCUGCUGGCCUGUGGGUCCUUCAAUCCCAUCACCAACAUGCACCUGAGGCUGUUUGAGCUGGCUAAAGACUACUUCCAUGAAACAGGAAAAUACAAAGUAAUCAAAGGCAUCAUUUCACCAGUGGGCGAUGCAUAUAAGAAGAAAGGUCUGAUCAGUGCAAAUCACCGAGUGACUAUGGCAAAACUGGCUACAAAGAACUCAGACUGGGUGGAAGUUGAUGACUGGGAAAGCUGUCAGAGCGAGUGGUUGGAAACACUCAAGGUUUUAAGGUAUCAUCAGGAAAAGCUUUUAUCUGCUGAUGUCACUAAUAGUCUGCAGGAUGCUGUACCCAUAACAAAGCUGGGACGGAAGAGAAAACAGGAACCAAACAGGCAUGAGCCCAUUAAAAAGAAAAAUCAGAGUCCAGUUGUGAAAAGUGUCCCACAGGUUAAACUGCUUUGUGGAAGUGACAUGCUGGAAUCCUUUGGAGUCCCCAAUCUGUGGAAGUUGGAGGACAUCACUGAAAUUGUGGAAAAGCACGGCCUUGUGUGUAUCAGCAGGGCUGGAAACAAUGCUCAGAAAUUCAUCUACGAAUCGGAUAUUUUGUGGAGACACAAGAAUAACAUUCACCUGGUGGAAGAGUGGAUCACAAACGAUAUUUCCUCCACCAAGAUCCGGAGAGCCCUGCGCAGGGGCCAGAGCAUUCGUUACCUGGUGCCUGACGCGGUGCGGGCGUACAUCGAGAAGAACAGGCUGUACAGCCCCGAGAGCGAGGACAGGAAUGCAGGGGUGGUGCUGGCUCCCUUACAGAAACAUGCCAGUGACCCCAGGAGCUCACAGGCACUGAGCAACUGACUU